AGAUGGUUUUAUAUGUGUCUCAGUGCACAAAAUUAAAUAAGUAGCUUUAUAAAAUUUAGUAAGCAAUCAACCAUGGCUUGUAACGGAUGUCAAAUUGGACAUGUUGAAGCUCUCCGUACGUUUCAUAUUGAUAAAAAGUGUUUAGAAAUUGUCAAUAAUCAUGGAAUUGCAGAUCUGCAAGUUAAGUGUACUGAAUGUGAUGAAGUUGCAAAGCUUAGCAGCGAUAAAUCACAUUGGUAUUGUCAAAGUGGGCACGGUUUUGAACGUUUAGUGCGUCCUGAUGAUCUGUUGGAAAGCCUUUAUUUAUCUCCAGCAAAAACUUGCUUAUUUCUAGCAUUAUAUUUGCAAAUGGAUUCACUUAAUCUCGAAAGACUCAUACAAGAAACGAAUAUUUCUAGUGAAUUAGCAAUUCGUUGGUCUAUCUUCAUUCGUGAAGUUUUUCAAGAUUGGUGUUUACGCAAUUCUGCCCCGGAAUUGGGUGGACAAAAUAUUAUUGUGAAGAUGAAUGAAGCUACGUUCGAAGACAAAUAUGGUUCCCAUUCCACCGACGGUACAUGGGUUUUCAGCGGCUUUGAGAAAGACAGUGGAAAUUUCUUCUUUGAAAUAGUCCCAGAUAGAGCACCAUUAACGUUAGUUAGAGUGAUUCAAAGAAGAAUUCGUCCUGGAACGAUAAUUUGGUUUAAAUCCCAGAUGGCCUGCGGUUGUCUUAAAGAAGAAGGCUUCAAUCUUCUCAAAGAAGAAUAUAAUGUAAGUUGGCUCGAUCCAAAAACCAAUACUUAUACUCUAGAAGUACCCAGGUCGCUACCCGAAAAUAAUCGAAGAAAUUACUAUAGGAGUAGUUACAUCGCAGAUCACCUUUUCCGGAAACACUUUUCAGAUUAUCGUGACCGUCUUCAUCAUUUUUUUAUGGCUGUGAAAAACUUUGAUCGGAAAAACAGAGAUCCAGUAAUUGAGAACGACGUUUCUAACAUCGACAGUGACGACGUAACAACGUGGGUUGCUUCUAUGAUAUUCUAUAUCUCUGUUUGUGCAUAUAUUUUGUUCGCAAGCCAUUUAUUUCAUAAAUUAUUAAGUCAAUAUGAUUUAGUCCCUUUCGCAAGUGGUGAUUUAACAGUAUGAGUAGUUAAUGGCAUUUUGUAAGCUUUCGAAAUUUUUUUAAUAAUCUCAAGUUGUAUUAAUGUCAAUGCUAUGGCAAUACUUGCGAAAGAUGACAUCUUUUAUAUGUGUUUUUACUUUCUGUACUUUUCUACUUUAUUUUAUUAUGUAAUUAUCUUCAAAUGAUGGAAUUUUUCUUUAAAAUUCUAAGUUUAUUGAAAUUUAUUUCUAUCUUAUAGAUCAAAAAAUUUUAUAUGUU